CCAUUUCAUCAAUACAAGUUCAUAGUAAGUGUUUCACACAUUUUGUGAUCAAACAAGUAAUCAGUCAAAAGAUGGAAGUCAAAAAUAUGAUUUUAAGUGUGCUCAUAAUGAGUCUUGUCAUAUCGCAGAUUCAAGUCGAAGCAAAGAUUUGUUGCUCGGACGAGAUUACUAGAGGCUGUUUUAAUAUAUGCCGUUUUGCUGAGCAAUUUUGUGCAAAACUCUGUUCGUGCAAAGAUAUUGCGGGGCCAACAUGUCCUCCGGGUUAUACAAAUGACAUUCUCGAAAACUCUGCUCAAGGUGAUGAUGUCAAUAGAUACUGCAAGUUGGGAUGUGCAUCAUCUGUGUGUGGUGCUUUAACUACUCUCCAGAACUCCGAUGCAAGUGAAAUUGUAAAUGGAGCAGUUGCACAAUGCACCAAGGCAUGCUCUGCUUUAUGCACCAAGGGCUCAGCUAAAGCAGUUUCAACUGCCUAACAAGCAUGUUCCCAAUCAGUUGUUUUCUCUGUUUUCAAUAAUUCUCUGUAUGUGAUUAAAUGCUAGACACUUGAGCUAGCUACUACUAUCUCCAGGUUUUCUAUGUCACGUAUAGGCCUGGACAUAAAAAUCGUACCCGAAUACCCAAUCCAGAAUCCGACCCAAAAAACCGGGUUUAGGUUGGGUACGGGUUUGCCUAUAAAACCCUAUUGGAUUCCAUUUUCUAA